UAGAUAAACGUCAUCCAUCUGUUAAAUGUAAAUAAACAAAACGUGCGAAUUACAAAAUUUAUCAAAAAAUAUUAAUAAAUUUCAAAAUAUUUAACCAUGUUAGCACCAAUUAAACAUAUACUAGCAACAAAAAGAAUAAUUCUUGCUAGUGGAUCACCACGACGUCAAGAAUUAGUAAAGACAAUCGGCCUCAAUGCCGAAUUAUGUCCUUCAACGUUCGAAGAAAACCUCGAUCCAGCAGAUUAUAGAGAAUUUUCAGACUUUGUUGAAUUGACUGCCAAAGGCAAAGCCGAAGAAGUCUACGAUCAACUUAAAGCCGAAUCACCAGAAUCGGAUUUAUUGGUCAUUGCUGCCGAUACAAUGGUAACGAUGGGAAAUGAGAUUUAUGGAAAACCUAAAGAUGCUAAUGAUGCUGUACAAAUGUUAACCAGAUUAGCAGGGAAUUGUAAUACUCCUCAUACAGGAGUUGUCAUUAAACAUUCGAAGGGAAUUGUACGAUUCACGGAGUCGGCAAAGGUUUAUUUUGGUCAAAUAACACAGGAACAGAUUCAAUCUUAUGUCGAUAGUGGAGAACCUUUAGACAAAGCUGGAGCUUUUGGAAUCAAUGGAUUAGGCGGAGCUAUGAUUGAGAGAAUUGACGGUGAUUAUUACACAGUUAUGGGAUUGCCCUUGUAUCGAUUGACAACUGAGUUGUGCAAGUUAUAUAAAGAACAAUAAAUGAUUAGAAUUGUUUAUUAUGAGGCUUAAGUUCCAGCUAAGCUGGAAUGAUAACUGUUAUAAAUUUGUUAAAGGUGUUAAAUAAAAGUUUAUAUUUUUUCUUUUGACUGUAAA